CGGCUUCCAAGAUCGACUGAAAACGGCUUUCGUACUGUUUGAAGGCACGUGGCAGUGGGUUCGGUGUCCUAUGAAGAUUUGCAACGCACCUGCCACAUUUCAGCGGGCCAUGAACAUGACCUUCCAGAACUUCGUUAACAAGACGCGGCUGACUCAGGGAACGAUCAACUUCUGCGUCAUCGUAUACAUGGACGACAUCCUGGUCUACUCAGAAACCUAUCACGGACAUGCACAACAUAUCGAGUGGACGCUCGGAGCUCUAAGAGACUUCGGGUUCAAGAUCACGCUCGAAAAGAGCGAGUCCUUCCUCCCAGAGAUGUCCUUCCAAGGCUACGUGGUGACACGAGGAGGACUGCGGCCAGAUUCAAGAAAGGUCUCGGCGGUGAAGGAUGCCCCUGUUCCUACAUCGCUGACCCAGGUUCGAGCCUUUUUGGGAUUGGCAUUGUACUAUCGAGAUUUCAUCAAGGGCUUUGCCGCGAUAGCAAGGCCCCUGCCGAACUUGCUGCGAAAGGACCAGCCUCUCAGUUGGGACGUCGAGUGCGAACAGGCCUCCGCCACCCUCAAAGACGCCCUGGCCCCAACACCUAUAUUGAUCCGGCCGGAUCCUACGAAGCAGUUCAUACUUAUUACGGAGUGGCAACCAGAGGCAAUCUCUGCUAUCCUAGCACAGAAGGGGAACGACGACCGUGAACACGUUAUCGAAUACGCUUCACGCAUGGUGCCAGAUGAGCGGAGAAACGAUUCCGCCCCGCAAGGCGAAUGUUACGCCGUGGUCUGGGGAAUCCAACACUUCCAUCCGUAUCUUUACGAACAUAAGUUUCUUCUUGUAACUUACCACGAACCUCUACUGACUCUCAAAAGGCUCACUAAUUAUACGGGCAUGAUUGGGCGUUGGGCGGUGCGCCUACAGGAGUACGAUUUCGACAUCGUCCACCAGAAGAUGGAGAGGCACAAGAACGCCGACGGUUUGACACGUCUCCAUCGACCCGCUAACUUAAAGGAGAAGUGGAAUGACUGGUGGGAGGCGUACGCAGAGCUCGCUUUUUGCCUGUUGAAAGUAGGGUUCCGCUAUUCCGAGCCAACACCGUACGGAGAAGGACCUGAACUUCUAGACGACGUGGUGGAAAUAUUGAUCCUGCAAGCUUGGAGAACGGCGACGGAGGGAGAUCUGUUGGGGAUACUAUUUGGGAAGGUGGAUGACGGGAAUCUCGCUCUAGUUACGAGCGAGUUGCUGGUGUUCCUAACACAGCUAGUGGACGACCUGCCUCUGGACAUCGUAUCGUGGUGUGACAAUCAGUCGGGCACCCACGUCCUUUCCAGGAUGCUCGAGCCGCGCCUGUUGUGGUCCACGUGUAACGAGCUGGACGACGACAACUGUAUCUAUCCGUCCCAAGCUCUCUUCCUUGAGAUCAACGUCACCGAUCUCACACUGUGGGACCCCAUCGUUUGGCGAGGAGGCGCGCGGCAAGAAGAAGAGGAGAGUGAAGACGACGAAGAAGAAGAAUCGAGCGAGGAUCGUUACGAUUCAGAUUACAUCCAAGGAGAGGAGGAGGAAGACGAAGAAGGUGAGCCAGCAGAGGAGGAAGCUGUAGCGGGUGAGCUGAGUCAGCGGCUCGGUCAAAGUAAGGAAAAGGAGGAGGCAAAAGCACGAAAGCGGUUGGAAAAGGCGGAGGGAAAGCGGCCGAUCACGGAAGGACCCCCGCCUGAUCUAUCGUUGGCGAAUCCGUGGCUCGAUCCAAAGACCCCAAAGGAAGAAGAAGGAGGCGAUGGAGCCGCAGCGGAGGGAUCAGGAAGACGUCGCCGAAGGAGGAGCGAAUCGCCGACUUCGUCUGGUUCCCCUUCCCGACCUGCCCUUCGCCUACGUCAAGAUGAGGGCGAUCGGGCUUCGUCCCUGGUCAUUCUCUCGUCGCCCCCUUUACUUCUUGAUGCUCACCUGACUCCCAAGUAGACCGCCGUUCCCCGCUGGAUGGUGCCCCUUCCCUCCCGACCUCUUCUAUCACCUCUA